CGCGUCUCUGUCAGGACUACACAUCUCACACCCUGAAGUUAAAACUCUCCAGAAGUCACCCUACUUGUAACUUGCAUGUUGUGAGGUCCAAGCUAUGCUGGCGAAAACUGAGGAAAGGAAGCCACAGAAAGGAGGAGGAAAGAAGAGAAGACAUCCUGGUGGAGAUGGAGAAGGAGAGGAGAAGAAGAGGAGGGGAGGCAAAGAAGGAGAAGCGGGUCAGGGAGACGGCGGCAGGAAGCGCCUGGAUGCCCUGAGUGUGGGCUAUUUCCGCCGAGUUGGGGAGAGACUCAGUGAAGCUUUUGAGGAUAAUGAGGAGAAAGAGAUGUUUGUGGAGAACGUCCUAACAGAGGUUAAAGGUAAAGCGUCGGUGGUGGCGAUGGACCGGACAGGAAGCAUCACUCUGCAGCGGCUGCUCCCGCUCUGCAGUCUUGAUCAGGUGGCGGAGGUGCUCACUGAACUGGGUGGAGAAUUGGGAACAGAGUUUAAGGCGGUCUCUUGUGACCGGUGCGGCGGUCAUGUAGUGGAGAGUGCAGUCAGACAGAUAUCCAGGUGGAGCGAGUCGGCACAGAAGGAGUCAUCUGCCACCAUAGAAGAAGAAGAGACCUGUGGAGCGUUGGAAGCCCAGGUGUUGUCUUUAAGUCAGGUGGUGAGAGACAACUGUGCAGAGUUCAUCAGACAUGUCCAUGGCUCACACGUGGUCCGCACACUUUUACACGUGCUGGCAGGCUGUCUGGGACCACCCCGCACUGAGGCCCGUCCAGGUGCAAAAGAACGCAACGUUGCUCCUCAGCUGACAGACCCCCCUCCCCCCCCCCCCCCCCCCUUUGAGAUUCCAACGUCAUUUUGGUACGAGCUGAAAAACCUCACAGAGGCCUUGAUGGACAACGUUAAUAUAAGCGUGACAGAUUCUGUUGCCAGCGCCGCGUUCCAGACCAUGUUGACUGUGAGUCACAAAAAAAGACCGAAACUGUGCAAACAGCUCCUCAAACGCAUCAUGGAGUACCUGACAAGUCGCAACGCUGCUCCAGGAGUGAGUCCCCUUCUGGUGUUUCUUAAGGACCAGGCCUCGAGUCACCUCAUUGAGACCAUCAUACAGCUGUCCCACAAGGCCCUCCUUCGGGACCUCUACAAGAACCAUCUCAAGGGUCAGCUGGUUGACUUGGCCCUCCAUUCCAUCGCCAACUUCCCCAUACAAAAGCUCACCGCCGCCUCGGCCAAAUACAAACUGUUCCUGAGGUUGUUUGACGAGCUGGUUGAGGGUGUGGAGGCCAUCUUGGCCGCGGGUCACAUGGGCGUGAUUGUGCGACUGGCCGAGAGCUGCGCAGAAAGCGGGGAGAAGCAGGAGGAGUUGAUGCAGUGCCUUCUCAGUGCGUUCCACUGCGCUGAGCCCGGCUCUCGCCUCGUCAGCUGCCUGCCUCUCUUCAUGUCCCUGACCACCUACGAGGUGUACUACCACUCUGACACAGCAGAGGGCAACAUAAACACAGAGGUGCCACUGUCCUCCAUCUGUUACCACGGCUCCCGGCUGGUGCAGGCGCUGGCCAAGUUCAAGGAGCGCUCCCUCCUCCUCAGCAGCCUGCGCACUCUGACCCCCGCCGACCUCCUGACGCUGGCGUCUGACCCGUCAGGCAGCCACGUCCUCCAGGCCCUCAUCACCACGUCCAGCGACAAGGGGAGAGGCAAGAUCCUCAAGAGACUGGAGGGUCAGUAUACUCAGAUGGCCUGCUCCAGGUUGGGCAGUCGGGUGCUGGAGGCCAUAUGGAACAGCGCCUCAGUCAGUCACAGGCAGAACAUCGCACAGGAACUAGUGCCAAGUGAAAGCCAACUGAGGUCAGAUCAGUUUGCUCGGCACGUCUGGGCCAAAUUUGCCCUCUCCCACUUCGUCCACAGGAGAGCCCACUGGCAGGAAAUACAGACGGGCGAGUCCAAGAAGCGGAAGCUUUUCAGUGACAUCCUUGAGUAAAAUAAAUGUUUUACAUAUUUAU